AUGAGCAUCAAUAUGUUUAAAUACAACAAAACAUACCUCAUUUUAGCUUAUUUUGAAGCAAAUGAUACAAAAUAUCCUGAGACAGUCGAUACUAGUUACUUUGAUUCAAAAGGCAUUUUAAUCACUUCGGAUGGAGAAAUUAAAGGGAAGCCAUUUGAUUUGUUCCGUUCAUUACCGAACAAAAAUUUUCAAAUAAGACAAUUAAAUACUAUUCGAGGUCCAUUAUUUAUAAUACAAGAUAAGAAUAUAAUACGGUGUAUACAAUAUAGCGACCUUGGUGGGAAUGGCGAUAAUAUAGAACCUCAACGACAUAGUUUCCUAAAUGUAUCAGGUUUAAAUAUAUCUUCUUUUAAAUAUUUUACUACCUUGGAAGGUUCUCUCGCCAUAGUUUAUACAGGAAAUAUUACAAGUUCGUCAACCAGUUUUAGUGAACAUAUUAUACAUCAAGUAUCAAUGGAAGUGGCUUUUUUGAGACCGGGCAGCGAAAAUUUUACACAACCAUUUAUGCUCUAUCAGACAUUUUUUGAUAUGCAAAUACGUUCAUGUUAUGAGUACAAUUCAGUUAGAGCUGGCUAUUCUUGUUUAUUCAGUAUAGCUUUCCGUGAUACAUCCACAGUUAAACUCGAAAAAAGAAAGACGAUUGGACGUAACAGUUCUUUAGGUCCUGAUGGUGAUGGUAGUGAGGAUGUUAGUGGUAGCAGUUCUGAUGAAUUCUUUCAGGUCACAUUUCUCUCAACAGGAGCAAAUAUCAACAUAUUCAAUGUAAAAAACAUUUUUAAUAACACGAAUACAACCAUAUAUUAUAAUGCUAUUCAGCCGCUUUUUUAUGGAGGAACUUCUAUCGAUUAUCAUUCUGAAAGUGAGAGAAACACGAAUAAUACAGUCCUUGAUGAACAUGGCAAUGCAAUAUAUUCCAGCAACACAGCAAAUCUUUAUUAUAUUCAAAUUUCCGAUGAUUUUGUAAAAGAUAGUGAAUUUGGUGAGCCAAUGCCUGGAAUUUCUGAACGGUUAUGGAAUUUUCAAAAUAACAAGGAAUUAUCGAAAUUCUCAGGGUCUACAAGGGGCUUACUUUGUCUGAGCGAAGAUGGCAAAAAAUAUUGGGGAAAAAAUGACCAUAAUAAAUUUUAUGACGAACUGAGAAAGCAAUUAGCAGAGAUUAUACCAGUUGAUGAAGAAAGAUUAAAACCCAGUUAUCGAUCCCAAACAAACUCUGAAUGUAAAACUGUUCUGCUAUCAUAUGAAAUACUUGCUAAUCCUUCCUCAGAAAAAACAGUUGAAGACAUAAGAAGCGAUUUGGAUACUCUUAUUAAAAAUAAAACAUAUACUGCAAUCUCUCAGAAAAAUCUGAGUAAUUAUCUCGAUUCUUCUUUUGGAUUUAGUAUUUCACUUCUCACCGGAAUAUUCAUCAUUGCAAGAUCUAAAGAUAAAAAGAAAGAGGGAAAGAAUUUUGCGAUAUUUCAAUUAUCAUCAAUAAUACUGGAUCUAAUUUUAGAUAUCUUAUUCGUUACAAAAAAUGGACAUAAUGUUGAAUAUUUAUUUUUACCAAGUAUUUUAAUAUUAAUAACAGCAGCGACCAUAAAUUUUUGUUUUGCAACUUAUAUCUUUUCUUCUGAACUUCAAAAUAAAGAUAAUUAUGAUUGGUAUAUUCAAUUCGGCAAAGUGGGAGCUUUUUUAAAUUUUUUGGCUAUUGCUGAUAUCGAAGCACUUGAAGUUCUUUCGUCAAGAUUUGCAGGUUUAGACGUGUUAAGUGUAAAAUUCUCAGAUAAGUCUAAAAACUUGAUACAUUGGUGUAGUUUGAUUGACCUUUUUAUUGAAGAUAUUCCUCAAUUGAUUAUUCAGAUAAUAUAUAAUUCACAAGUUAUCAUAAGGGAUAUCGUACCAUCCAUUACGCUUUUUUCAUCUUCUAUUGUUUUAACUGUUAAAGUUAUUCAAAAAUUACAACUAGCAUUUAGUGAUUCAAAAAGUCAAAUUAGCGAUUCAAAAAGUCAAAAUUAUGUCAAAGUCUAA